CCUCGGUGACGUCACAUGGGAGGGGCUCCCCAGUCCGGUGGGCCGCUGAGGUCUGUGAGCAGUGGGAGGCUUCUGGCUGAUGAGAGCGAGCGCUGCCCUGCGCUCAGUGUGGACCGUGUGGCGGAGUGCGCGCGCCUCUCCUCACGGGGCUCCAUGAUGAAAGAUCCGCUAUUGCAGGGCUCUGUCGCCGUCCUGCCCGGCGCUUCGCUGCAGAAAGCCUGCCGGUUGCUGGUGCUCUUCUGCGCCCUCCACCUCAGUGUUACGCUGGUCUACUACAUGUUCGCCGGAGGUACAGCCUAUUUCACGGAGCCCCUGCAACUCCAAUUUCGACCGAGAGCCAACUCUUCUGUUGGACCCCUUGUUACUGUCCUGGCCACCACUGAGGAGAAUGCCACGCAAGAGCCCACUACCCCGGCCAUUGUGAACCUAGCGGACUGCCCGGCCACCUCUCCCCUCCUAGUGGGCCCACUAAGGAUUGAGUUUUCAAUACCGGUGGAUCUAGAACAAGUGAGAAAGACCAACCCAAAUGUAAGGGAAGGUGGUCGAUACAAGCCAAAGGACUGCAAGGCAUUGCAGAAAGUAGCCCUUAUUAUACCAUUUAGAAAACGCGAUGAACAUCUCAAGUUCUGGCUACAUUACUUGCAUCCCAUUUUGCAGCGGCAGCAACUUGAUUAUGGUGUCUAUGUCAUAAAUCAGGACGGAGAUGAAACUUUUAACCGCGCUAAACUGCUCAACAUUGGCUAUAUGGAAGCUCUGAAAGAAUAUGAUUAUAAUUGCUUUGUAUUCAGCGACGUUGACCUGAUACCUAUGGAUGACCGGAACAUCUACAAGUGUUACAGCCAACCCAGACACUUGUCUGUAUCCAUGGAUAAAUUUGGGUUCGGGUUACCAUACAACCAGUAUUUUGGAGGUGUAUCUGCCUUAAGCAAAGAACAAUUUGAAAAAAUCAAUGGAUUUCCCAACAACUUCUGGGGAUGGGGUGGCGAGGAUGAUGACAUAUACAACAGGAUUGUCUCCAGGGGCAUGUCAAUAUCACGACCAGAUGCUAUUACUGGAAAGUGCAGAAUGAUACGUCACGAGAGAGAUGCGAAGAAUGAUCCAAACCCUAGAAGGUUUGAUCUGAUUGCCCAUACAAGAAAAACCAUGAAUUCUGAUGGCAUAAAUUCUCUGAACUACAGGGUCGUCAAGACUGAAAAGUUUCCUUUAUUCACCGAAAUAACUGUGGAUGUUGGGUCUUCACCCAGCUAAUACAUUUUGCAUUUGGCCAACAGACUCUUACUGACUGGUCUCACCAUGCUGGUAUGGUGGCAACUCUGACAUUCAAGUGUAUUAUGAUAAAAACUUUUUUUUUUUUUAUGGACAGAUUUGCAUAUUCACUAUAUUUGGCACAUGCAGGUUAUUUUAUGUGACUGCUUCAGGAAAAAAAUUACUGCAGGCUACAUUAAUACUUUAUUGAAGUGGAACUUGAAUAUAUUGCUGUACCCCGCUGCUAUGUCAUCUCUGUUUACGACCUUUGAUGCCUUAUCUUCCAGGACGAGCCCUGUGAGCCAAAGAAUCUUUAAGCACUUUUGAAGGAAUCCAUAUAGAAAGUUACUAAUCAUGUUUCUAGGUUGUUCAGCAUUUAUUACAGAUAGAGAUAUGUGUGUGUGUGUGUGUGUGUGUGUGUGUGUGUGUAUGUGUGUAUAUAUAUAUAUAUAUAUAUAUAUAUAUAUAUAUUUGUGUGUGUAUAUGUAUUUUUUUCAUGUCUUAAGUAGAGAACCAUCUGACAAUGUGCUGUCUAAUAGUUACUGGUACAUGUUAUAUGACAAAAAUUACAGCGAAAGAUCUGCAUUAAAGGGAAAUUCCAGCUUUCUAGAAGUAAAGUAUAUUUGCAGUGUAGUGAAGUUGUCCAACUUCUGCUUGCUCUCUGUGAAUUGGAACAGUCUUGUUUCCAUACAGACACUGAAAAUAUAUCUUGGUCCUGUCCAGCUAGCACAGUUGACCCAUUUAAAUGGGCGUUCCAGGUUUCAAUUAUUUAUGGCAUGGGUAAAUCAUACAGUUUUCUCAUAUAAAUACAUGUGUAUUACAGAACUGUAUGAUUUCCAGUUCUAUCUAGAAAUUGUUUUAUUUAAUGGAAAAGUUAUCAGGGCUCCUCUCAUUGAGCUGCAUACACCUUUGUCAGCUGGCCAUGAAUAGUUUUCAGAUUUCUGCGUGUGAACAAGAAUGUUUGAGACUGCCAUAUAUAGUUUUAUAAAAAAAAAUAAUAUAUAUAUAUAUAUAUAUAUAUAUAUAUAUAUAUAUAUAUAUAUAUAUAUAUAUAUAUAUAUAUAUAUAUAAAUUCCCUUUAAGCGCACAACUAUGUGGCUGAUCUCAUUAGGGCCCUACACCCUUUUUAUCAAAAAGGUGUAUGGUGAACUUCCUUACAGAAGGGCAGCCAUCUGCUUUCCAAAGAUUUACGUGUAAACCGAAUCAUUUGUGUCUUGAACAUUUUGUAAAAAGAUUUGUAUACUGAAUUGAUUUGUUUGGGGGGAAACAAUCCAUAUAUAUACAUUGUAUGUAGUAAGGGCAACAAAAUGCCCAUGACAGUUCAUGUCAUCUAGCGCUUUUUUUUUUUUUUUAUAUAUAUAUAUUCCUCCUCCCCUAUUUCAAAUUUGCUUCCAUUCCUAUUUCAGGUUCAUAUUCAGUCUGCAGGUCUGUUUUCUCCAUUACUGAUGCAUUGCUGUAUCUCUGGGAUGUAUGCUGUUGUAGGCAGAUUUGUAAGCGUGACCAACUUGAUUGAAAGUAAGUUAGUUUAGGAGGAAUGCAAUGAGAAUUGCUCACGGACGCAAUUGUGUACAAAAGCUGUAGUCCACAAUCCAUUUGCUUACAUGGUAUAUCUUGCACUAAAGAAAGAUGUGGUGGUUGAUUGGAUGCAAUGGAUUUAGUGGGACUUUACACAGUAAAGCAGUGUGGGAGAUCCAUUUUGUGUUAAGUAGCAUAGUGAAAACAACUAGAAGCCUCAUCUGUGUAUGGAUGACAGUUGUCCUGUGGGAACGACAAAAUCAGGUUGUGUAAAGUAAUGUUAUUUUCUUGUUCCAGUCCAUACAACUUGCACACAAAUGUUUGCUGUCGGUAAUGUAUUUGUAAACUGUAUUUUCAGAAGCAUAUUUUUAUAUGACAAUGUAUAAUAAACUUGAACUCGCUCAAUGUA